GGCUCGAGGGCCCGACGCGAAGUCUCUGCGAUACGCCCCGAGUCUUCACCCGAUCGCCGCUAGGUCAAAACUGUUCUCAGCAAAACACUAUUAAUACCCCAUCUGGGAGUUCCGAGGAAGCCCUCGAAUUCCUCCUCUGCCCUCCCCUCCUCUUCCCCCUCCCCCCACUCGUUCUCGUACAAGAAACCGAGGGCGGCGUCGAUGGCGACAAGAUUUGACGACGUGAUCAUCAAACCCCCCGCCGACCGGAGAUCGUACAGGAUCGUUCACCUCCCCAAUGGCCUUUGCGCCGUGCUCGUCCACGACCCCGAGAUCUACCCCGACGGCGUCGACCCGAUCCGGGAGGGCGUCCCGAGCCCGAUGGAGGAGGACGGUGCGAUGGAAGAUGACGAAGAUGAGGACGAGGACGGCGAUGAAGAUGACGAUGAGUACGAGUCGGAGGGAGACGACGAGGAAUUAGAAGAUGGGGAGGAGGAAGAGGAAAAUGGAGAAGACGAUGGGGAUGGCAGCCAGCUGGCGAAGAAGAACAAGAAGGGGGCUUCACCCACCAAAAAGGCUGCUGCAGCAAUGUGUGUUGGAAUGGGUAGCUUCUCCGACCCUUCUAAGGCCCAGGGACUUGCACAUUUCUUAGAGCACAUGCUUUUUAUGGGGAGUUCAGAAUUUCCGGACGAGAAUGAGUAUGAUCAUUAUUUGUCCAAGCAUGGAGGUUCAACAAAUGCUUUCACUGAGACUGAAUACACCUGUUAUUACUUUGAAGUUAAUCGUGAGUACUUGAAGGGUGCCUUAAAAAGAUUUAGCCAGUUCUUUAUAUCACCAUUGGUGAAGGCGGAAGCUAUGGAACGUGAAGUCAUGGCUGUUGAUUCAGAAUUCAAUCAAGUUUUGCAAAGUGACAGUUGUCGUCUACUACAGCUUCACUGCCAUACAUCGUCUGUGGGUCACCCUUUCAACAGAUUUUAUUGGGGAAAUAAGAAGAGCUUGGUAGAUGCUAUGGAGAAUGGUAUCAAUCUGAGGGAAGAGAUCUUGAAAAUGUAUGCAGAAAAUUAUCAUGGUGGAAUUAUGAAAUUAGUUGUAAUAGGAGGAGAACCCUUAGAUGUUCUACAAGAAUGGGUAGUGGAGCUCUUCAGUAAUAUCAAGGCAGGUCCUCCGCUAACGAUGAGCUAUAAGUCCAAUUUGCCUAUCUGGAAAGUCGGUAAGUUAUAUAGACUAGAGGCGGUCAAGGAUGUUCACAUUCUGGAGUUGACUUGGACACUGCCAUGUCUUCACAAGGAAUAUCUGAAAAAACCAGAAGAUUACUUAGCACAUCUAUUGGGCCAUGAGGGCAGAGGAAGCUUGCUUUAUUUCUUAAAAUCUAAAGGAUUGGCAUCUUCUUUGUCUGCUGGUGUUGGUGAUGAAGGAAUGCGCAGGUCCUCUAUUGCUUACAUCUUUGUCAUCUCCAUCUACCUAACUGAUUCAGGUUUAGAGAAGUUUUAUGAGGUGAUUGGGUUUGUAUAUCAAUAUCUCAAGUUAUUAUGCCAAUCUACUCCGCAAGAAUGGGUAUUUAAGGAACUCCAAGAUAUAGGAAAUAUGGAAUUCAGAUUUGCCGAGGAGCAACCUCAGGAUGAUUAUGCAGUAGAUCUUGCUGAAAAUAUGUUUUUUUACUCUGAAAAGCACAUUAUUUAUGGAGAAUAUGCAUUUGAACACUGGGAUCCUGAUUUGAUACAGCAUAUUUUGAGCUUUUUCUCGCCAGAGAAUAUGAGAAUUGACAUACUGUCGAAAUCAUUUGAUAAACAGUCAGAAGCCAUCCAAUAUGAGCCAUGGUUUGGAUCGCGAUUCAUUGAAGAGGACAUCUCACCAUCUCUUCUCAAACUUUGGGGAAAUCCUCCUGAAAUUAGCCCGUCUCUGCAUUUGCCAUUAAGGAAUGACUUCAUUCCUUCUGAUUUUUCUCUCCGAAGUGCUAAUUUGUCGAAGAUUCUAUCAAAUACUAGCAAUCCACAGUGCAUCAUUGAUCAGCCAUUGAUGAAGCUCUGGUACAAGGUUGACUUGACGUUUAAUGUUCCUCGUGCAAACACUUACUUCUUGAUCACUGUCAAGGAUGGAUCUCUCAGCGUAAGGAAUUGUGUUUUGACAGAACUUUUUGUAUUACUGCUCAAAGAUGAGCUAAAUGAGAUCAUAUAUCAGGCUGGAGUUGCUAAGCUGGAAACAUCUUUGUCUUUUGUUGGUGACAAGCUUGAGUUGAAGCUUUAUGGUUUCAAUGACAAGCUACCAAUCUUGCUAUCAAAGAUAUUGAAAUUAUCUAAAACAUUUAUGCCUAAUAUCGACCGAUUUAAGGUUAUAAAGGAGGAUAUGGAGAGAGCAUACAGAAAUACCAAUAUGAAACCUCUGAGUCAUUCAUCUUACUUGAGGUUACAAGUACUGCGUGAAAGUUUCUGGGAUGUGGAUGACAAGCUAUCCUGUCUCCUAAAUUUAUCGCUUUCUGACUUGGUGGAGUUCAUUCCAAGUCUCCUAUCUCAGUUGUAUAUUGAAGGCCUCUGCCAUGGGAAUCUGUCAGAAGAGGAGGCAAUCAACAUAUCAAACAUCUUUACAAAUACAUUCCCUGUAGAACCUAUACCUGCAGGGUUAAGGCAUAAAGAACGUGUUAUUUGUCUUUCAUCUGGUUGUAGCCUCAACAGAAGUGUCUCUGUAAAGAAUGAGCUCGAAGUGAACUCUGUGGUCGAGCUUUAUUUCCAAAUUGAGCAAGAUGUAGGGAUGGAAGCUACUCGAUUGAGAGCCACAACAGAUCUCUUCAGCAAUAUUAUUGAAGAACCAUGUUUUGAUCAGCUUAGGACAAAGGAGCAGCUUGGGUAUGUUGUUGAGAGUGGUCCACGGAUGACAUACCGUGUUUUGGGAUAUUGCUUUCGUAUCCAAUCAUCAAAAUAUAGUCCACUGUAUCUGCAUGACAGAAUAAACAACUUCAUCAAUGGUCUUCAAGAUUUACUGGAUUGUCUUGAUGAUGAAUCAUUUCAAAGUCAUAGAAGUGGCCUAAUAGCAGAAAAGCUGGAAAAGGACCCAUCACUUACAUAUGAGACCGGACAUUAUUGGAGUCAAAUCGUGGAAAAAAGGUACUUAUUUGACAUGUUGAAAGUGGAAGCAGAAGAAUUAAAGACAAUAGAAAAGAGUGAUGUUAUUGAUUGGUACAAGAAAUAUUUGAGACCACCGUCUCCAAAAUGUCGACAACUUGCCAUUCACAUAUGGGGCUGCAAUACAGACAUUAAAGAGGAAACAAAAAUGCUAAAUAAGUUUGGGAACGCCAUUGAAGACAUUAAUUUUUUGAAAUCAUCAUCCGAGUUCUAUUCAAGUCUCUGUUGAAUGAGCAGCUUGAAAUGGCAUUUGGUGAACGCAUUCAGAUUCUGAAGAUCUGCUACUCUGUCAUCUGCAGUGCUUUCCCAUUCCAAGGAAACAAUGGUUAAUGUUGUCGUCAUCAAUGCAUUUUGGCAGUGCACAAGUUCUAUGGAAUGAUCCCGGAGGUGUUGAUUCAAAUCACUAAUUUAACGAUAUCAGUUUGGUCUUGGGGGAGUGAUGGCAGAUAGUUUUUGAACUGAUAGUGUGUUAAGUAUCCAAGAAUGGUAAACUAACUCAGUGGCAGCAUUAAACAUUCAAAGAAACACAUCCGCUUUUGUUGACUGACCAAGAUAAAAUUCUUAUUUGGAAGGAUCAAUAAUGUGGGAUAUUUUAUUGUUUUUGCGAACGCCAUCAUUUGGUUAUUAUGUGUAUUCAUAUAACCAAGGACAAUGGCUUUUGUGAUGUAUAAUAUAGUGAGAGGGCUUUUGUUUUUUGGUUAGAGGUCAUUCAGGUAAUCUGUUGAGUUUAAGGGUUUCGUUCUGCUUGCUGUAAUUUUGGCAAGCGUUAAAGAUUGUUGAUAGUCUAUGGAAUUUAUUUGUUGUACAUGCAUUGAUGUG